AUGUACCUGGAGCACGAGGAUGCGUCUAUGCGUAAGGAGGCCGCUCUCACGUGCUCCAAAUUGCUUAUUCCGGCACAUGACAAAUUAAUGCUGGGUAGUGCACAAGGCACAGACAUCGAAAAGGGCCAAGGCUACAGGCAGGGGCAGGGAGCGGCGCGGAGGGUUAUACUGCCACUGGAG